AUGUGGGCUGCGCAAUGCUGUGUCAGGACGGCCGGCUCCACCCCCAUACGUGGGGAAAGCGGUUUGCUGCUUCGGCCGGCCAAGACUGGCCUCAGGCCCGGUGUGAAGCCGACGAAAGAGGAGUCAAUCGGGAAAGUUAGUCGCUCCUCAUCUCCUCCAUACUCGGCCUGUCCUCCUUCCAUUCCCAUUUAUGCUCACUUUGAGAGUACUCCGAAAGGGCAGGCCUGCGCGUCUUGCCUGCAGGCGCAGCGUGCUCGUUACGCGAUGAUUAAAUUUCCCCCCGGGGAGCAAAAACAAGCACUUCUUACGUUGCACUGA